GCUGGGGAAUCCUGACCUGCCUGCACAUUUACGAGUGGUUUGUGAGCAGCAUGUCGCCGCCAUCGAGCGCCAGACUGCUGCAGAUGAGUGGCAUCCGACAGAUGGACCCGGCCUGCUGAAGCUCGCCGGCGGACACCUCCCUACCUGCUACAAGAA